AAUACCUUCUAUUGUAUCUACAAAAGUAAUGGCAGAAAAUAUUCGUAGAGGAAUGCAAAACAUCAAUUUGGGCGCCGAAGAUCCGCCGGUUCAGUUACCAGCGAAUGUCGUCAAUGAAGCAGCGGCCGGCAACCGUUUUGUCUUAAUUGGCAGACCAACGAUCCCUAGGAGACAGAACAUCCGCUCAAUCAUUGCAACCCUGCCUCGUAACUGGGGCCAUGUUGGUGUCUAUGGAAGAUUGAUUGAAGGACGCCGAUUCCAAUUUGUUUUCCCGUCGGAGGAGGCUCUUGAAAUGGUAUUACAGCGUGGUCCUUGGGCGUUUGCUGACCGUAUGCUCAUUCUGGAACGUUGGACUCCAAAUUUCAACCCCCUGAUGCUCAAUUUCAUUCCAUUUUGGAUCCAGAUCCGAGGAAUUCUUUUCCAGUUCAUGAGCCAAGAUGUGGUGAUACAUAUUGGGCGGGCUUUGGGAAUGUACAUAGAGGUUGACUAUAAUGCUGAUGCUGCGGCUCGAAGGGACUACGCUCGGGUGAGAGUGAACUGGGAUGUCGAUGAACCCCUUCGGUUUCAAAGACAAUUUCAGUUUACGGCAGGUGUUAAUACACUACUGCGUCUCACCUAUGAGCGAUUACGGGGUUUCUGUGAAAUUUGUGGGCGCUUAACCCAUGAUUCUGGCGCUUGUUUGAUCCAAAACGGAGGGAUUCCUCAAGAAGGGGGAGAUGAUGACAGUGACGGCGAUAAUGAAGAGGAUCAUCCGGCUGCAAAUAAUGGGGUAAUUAUUGAAGAGGUGAAUGAAGAUGAAAGGAAUGAAGCGGUGGAUGAAGAGCAAGAGGGUAUUGGAAAUGUUCAAGAGGAGCAAGAGGAAGGUCGUGAAGACCUGAUAGAGGAAGCUGAAGAAGAAGAUGACCUAUGGAAUGGUCAUACUUUGCCUAAUCUGUACUCUGAUGAGCUCAACACUGAGGAAAUGUUCAACCCAAUCAACCCGUUUGUUGAUAGGUACGAUGGAAGGGAGGGUCUAAAGAGGAAAGCUUGGAUGGCUGAGGCAGACCACAACAAAAGCAAAUUCUCCUCUGCUGAGAAAGGAGAAUCUAGUGGUGCAAGAAGUGUGAAGCGCAAGACAGGAGGAGAUGUGACAUUGGAAGAGACUACCUUCUCGGCUGCUACAGAGGAUGAAGCUGACACUAUAGUGGGAGGCGCGGUGGGCCCUGAACCACCACUGCCGCCAUGA